CGUGGCACGUAAAACUACAAUACCCACAAAUCACCGCGCCAGCCGGUGUGACGUUAAAACUACUCACCCGGAAAGUUGAAUAGCUGUGUGAUAGAAGGCGAGAGUGAGAGUAAACAUCGAAAGGAGCUAUUGUCUAAUAGACACAGAGAGAUGAGCAACAGUGCUGCGAGCCCCAUGGCAGCCAGCAGCACCUCAAUGGCAGCGAGAGGAUCCGGAAAACCCAUCAGUUUCAUCCCAGAGCUACAGAGCAUGAUGUUUGCGCUGGGUGAUUCACGGAGACCCCUACACGAAACUGCUGCGCUUGUGGAAGACAUAGUGCACACACAACUCAUCAAUAUGCUUCACCAGGCAGCCGAGGUGGCUAUCCUUAGAGGAGCCAGGGUGAUCUCACCAGAGGAUAUCGUCUUCCUCAUGAGGAAAGACAAGAAAAAAAUGCGACGGCUCCUUAAGUACAUGCAGUUUCGAGAUUACAAGUCCAAACUGAUGAAAACCCUUGACGAAGAAGAGCCACUGGAUUCAGACAAAUUCUCCAGCAGCAGUGCCAACAAGAGGCAGAAGCUGAUGCUGGACUUCCUGGGCUCCAUCGACCAGACAGGGGAAUUCCUGACACUGCUAGAGGACGAGGACAUGGAUGAAGUCAAGCAGGAGAGGUUGGAGAGACUUGAAAAACAGACAAGGAAUAUGGACUCGGCGCAGUAUGCUGAUUUUUGCGAGAGCCGACAGCUCAGCUUUUCUAAGAAGCUCUCUAAAUUUCGUGAGUGGCUGGACUGCAGCAGUCUGGACCUGAAGCCCAACGGUGUCUCCAUGGAGAUCCUGUCAUAUCUGGCGUAUGAAACUGUUGCUCAGAUUGUUGAUCUUGCACUGUUGGUUAAACAAGACAUGACCCCCAAAACAGGUGACCCGUUCAGCCAUGCCAUAUCAGCCACUUUCCUGCAGUACCACAGCUCCAGUGCUGAGGCCUCAUCUGCCAAAAGAGACAUGGAUUCUCCAGAGAACACACCUCCUUCCACCCCAAGCUCAGGUCAUCAGGCCAAACUGCACACCAUAAACCAGGGCAAUGGCACACACUCUCAGGACUCCAGCAGCAAGAGCAAACAGCGCAAGAGGAAGAAGAGCGCAGCAGCGUGUGGCGCGGAGGCCCAGAGCAGUGCCAUCCAGCCCGGCCACAUCAGAGAGGCCAUCAGGCGCUACAGCCACAAGAUUGGCCCACUCUCCCCCUUCUCAGUUUGUACCUGACAACUAAUGCUGUGUUGGACCCAGGACUCCUUUGCGUUUAUGCCCCUGAUUUUCCUGAACUGAAGUGCUUCAUCACCUUACAGACGUUCUUCUUACGGUAGUAAGAAAAGCACACAGACAACACAAGCAUAAUUUCUUUGAUAAAAAGCUGAUAGAAUUUUGCUCACAAAAUACCCAAGCUGGAUGCCUUUUAAUAUUAUUACCUGGCACACUGUAUGACAAUCUGAAUAAUGUCUUGGAUAAAUUCUGUAACAGGAAGUGUUCUUCAUGUUAGAUUAACCAUUUAACUUAGGUCAGUUAGUGUUUUGCUUACGUCAUCGGUAUGAUCCGGGCUGAAACAGAAAAUGUGGUCGUUUUCACCAUAGUCAUAUUUGUUAUAUAGUAAUUCCACAAGCUUUGUGUUCUCAUGUUCUGUCGUCCUGUUGGUGGCCUUAAGUCUUAGCAUCAGUCACACUGAGAUUUUAAUGUGAAUUAAAUUGACAGCCGUCAACUUUCAUCAACUGUUGUUGGUUGGAAUGGUACGUUACUGGUUGAUGUGAGGGGCAGUAGUGACUCAACUGGUUAAGGCUCUGGUUUGUUACAUUUCCACCAGACUGUAAAGAAUACAUCUGGCAACAUACAAUGCUGACAUCACACAGAUCUGGCUUUGUAGUGUUAAAUUAGUGACUAAUUUCUUCUACAAUAAUACACCGUUGUAAUUUAUAACCACACCUUGACUAGACUAGCUUCACUUUUCAGUGUUUUUUUUUCCUCCAGCUUUCCUCCUCAUGUCAUCUCAGGGAGUUUUUUAUUGCCACCAUCACCUCUGGCUUGUUCAUUAGGGAUCUGCAUCCAGAUAUAUGAAAAGCUGCUUUGUUAAAAGUGCUAUAGAAAUACACUGGAAUUUUGUUGAAUCAAAAUUCUGAACCAACUGAUUUCCAGUAAAACAGCUGUUUGUCUUCUGUGUGUUCACCAGAAAGGGAACAAGGACGUUGGGACAUUUCUUGUCGACAGCAGCAAUAACGUUCCUCUUAAUUCUCAAAAGUCACUGCAAGUUGCUUCCUUAUAUAUUUUUCAGGACGCUUAAGUCCCGGGAUUAGCUUAAGUAUGAUGGAAUAUGAUGGCUGAUGACCUUCCUAGGAUAUAAAUGAUCUGUUAAAUAUUAAAGUUUCAUUAUCAGAAAGGCUUGUUCAAAUUAAGGAAGCUGUAGUCAGUGGAGCGUUUCGGUGAUUGCUUAACUAUAAACAUGGGGUUGGCAUGUUUAAAAAAAAAAAAAAGGAAACUAUAAAGCGCAUUAGUAUCCCCCUAUAUUGUGUAAUAUAUAAAACAGGUUUUCCAACCUAUGAUGAUGAGUGAAGGUUUCCAGAUGUUCUCCUAGUGGCAUUGAGGUUUUUGCCUUUGAUGAGUUGUGCGCAGUCCGUCACCAGCUAUGGCACAGAAAUAAUUAGGUGUGUGUGUGUUGGGGUUGGAGUGGAGGCUGAUCUGUCUUGUAAUUGGUUUGGUUUUAUUGCAUCUGGAGCCAGCUUAAGACCAUGAUUAAUUGUCCCAAUAAGUAAUUUUUACUCUGGCCUUUUACCACACGUCUAGUGUUAAAAAUGUUUAAGAUAAAACGAAGCUCUUGUUGUUCGAGAUGUUGAGCUGAUUCUCUGCGGCUGCGUUCAUCAUAAAGAAUAAACGUAGGAUUCAGAUCUUGACGUAGGGAUACCAGGUGAGGUAUAUUGAAGUAUUAACUCUUCUGCUGAAAUAGUUCUAGAUUGCAUAGAGCUAUAGUAACAUGUUAUUUGCUGUAACCGUGUGUCCAUGUGAUUAGAGACUUUAUCUGCCUCUUAUUACUGGCCUCGUUCUCAGAUAAUUAACUUUGAAAUUCAAUUAAGGCUUUAAUAUAAGACUUAAGGAAAUUCAAAGCUCAUUUGAUUCCACCCCCGGUGUAACACAUGCUCAGAGCAGCUCACUUCCCCUUAGGCAAUCUUUCAAUCAGUAGAAAUGGCAACAUCAUGCUUUGUUUGAGCAUUUGCUUUCAUCACCCAGGUUUGUUUAUUUUUCUCCAUUUUAAUGGUGAAUCUCUUCAGUUCUUUGUAGCUUUCCACGCAAGCACCGAAAAUCAAAGACUACUUUAAGCUCUGGUUGAGACAAUAAACUCGUUGAACAUUUUAAUGUCAACUCACGAUAUCGCACCUAUUUAGUUAUGAAGUUCUCUUCGAGCAGUGAGUUAUAUAUAUUUAUAGAAUUUCUAUGCAAAACCCUGCAAAUCGAGCCAGACCCAAACUGUAAGAGCCACAAAGAUCUCCAGACUUGAAGGAAAAAAUCUUCGAAAAAAAUAACAUGGCAGAUUAUGUUAUUACAACAGAUAAAUCUUAAAGCGUGGCCAAGCACAUGACUCUGAGAAGAAAAGUCAUCAUCAUCAGCUUUUUAACACAGCCGUUUAACCUUUGUUAGGAGUUGUUUAGAAGUUGCCGUGGCUGCAGGAUUCUGUACCUUACUUGUGGUUUGCCCAAGUCUCGCUGUACAGAGUAUGCAGUGCCAAAGACAGCAGACGUAGGAGCGACACGUCUCAGCUCUUGUUUAUUGCCCCGUCGUCUCCGUAUCUCACUGUGAGGACAGACAUCUCGUGCUGCGCCGCUGACAUCCACAGAAGCGAGGGCUUCAAUAGGGCUGUGCCCUUCUCAAUGCUUCACAAACGCUCCACUAAAUGCCCCAUUGAAUCAGUUUUAUGUCUUUGCGUUCCCUGUUCCAUCCUCAGCGCUGGCACUAGACGUUGCUUCCUGUUCUAGGUGUCUCAGAGGCCAUUCAAAACCUUCUACUAACAAUUGCACAUUUACAAGUGGAGCCAUUCUUCCCUGUGGUUUGAAUACCUUGUCAUUAAAGCAUGAAAUUGCCCGUUUGGAUGUCAAGUGAACAGCUAAACUGGCAGAAUCUUACUGUACAUGUUAAGUCAACUGGAAGAGGAAGGACGUUCAGUAGCCCUCCAGAAGGCUGUAUAUUAUCUAAAUGAUAUCCAAACCUCCCCGGGCCGGAACACAGCUCUGUGUGGAGACUGUGAGGUAAAAGAUAAUAUUUAUUGUUUAACUAAGUUUAUUGAAUAUAGAAAAGAAGAGGCGCCUGAACCAGCGGAUGGUUUGCGAACACUGGAAAGGCUUUGUAUAUUCUGUUUUUCAUUUUAAACCCAAACCCAUGUUGGCAGACUCACUUUUCAUAUUUGUUGAAAUGUUGAUAUGAAAAUCCUUUACCAUUCAAAGCAUGUCGCCAAGCGUUUGUUCCCAAAGUCUUUCUUUCGGCUGCUUUAAUGGAACUGUUCUUUUUUUUUUCCUGGCUAUCUUUUCCAAGAUACUCCCGAUUUACGCUGUCUUUCUUUCUUUCUUUCUUUCUUUCUUUCUUUCUUUCUUUCUUUCUUUCUUUUCCCACAUGCUGACCCCAAAAUUCCACUUCACAGCGAGGUGGUGUACAGUACAAACCAUUUAGCCUGGGCUUCUGGAGAUGCACUAGCUGGGUUAUACCUUUCCAAAAAACAAGGCUCUGCUGCACAAUAACUGCCUCUAAUCCUUUGCCCAGAAAUCUCAGAAGUCCUGCUUUACCGUAAAUCAUCCUGUGUUUACCUUUUCGUUUCCAGGUCAGACUCAUAUAGUUUAUAGUUGUAGUGUUUGGCUAAGUGUGCACAAUAAUAAGACAAUUUACACUGGUGUCUACAGCUUUUGGGGG